AUGAAAAUAAUCAAAUACAUUCUUCUACCUGUCGCUACAGUCCACGCCCACCUGGCGGCAGAGAAUAUCGAUGUCCAAGGCAGUCUGCUCACGGACCCCAAUGAUGUAGCCGGAAAGAAAUUUGAUUACAUUAUCGCUGGUGGUGGCUUGACUGGCCUCACUGUUGCUGCCAAACUCACGGAGAAUCCGAACAUCUCGGUCCUUGUUAUUGAAAAAGGAUUCUAUGAGUCCAACGGUGGACCGAUCAUUGAGGAUCCAAACACCUACAGUCAAGUCUUCGGCACCGGUGUGGACCAGAACUAUAUCACUGUACCCCUCAUACACAACCGGACCGAGAACAUCAAGUCCGGCAAGGGUCUUGGAGGCUCGACUUUGAUCAACGGUAAUUCCUGGACCCGUCCAGAUAAAGUCCAGAUUGAUUCGUGGGAGAAAGUCUUCGGCAAUGCGGGCUGGAACUGGGACAAUAUAUUCCAAUACAUGAACCAGGCUGAACGUGCCCGUGUCCCCACUUCUGCUCAGAUUGCCGCCGGACAUUACUUUGAUCCUGCCUGCCACGGAUUCAACGGCACCGUUCAUGCCGGACCCCGUGACAACGGCCAGCCAUGGUCCCCCAUCGUGAAGGCACUUAUUGAUACCGCCUCAGCCCUCGGCAUCCCUGUCCAAAAGGACUUCCACUGUGGUCAUCCUCGUGGGGUUUCCAUGUUUCCCAAUAACUUGUUGGAAAAUCAGGUGCGCGCAGAUGCCGCCCGUGAAUGGCUUCUUCCCAACUAUCACCGGCCGAACUUGAAGGUUUUGACUGGUCAGGUGGUUGGGAAGGUUCUGUUUGACCAGAAAACUUCCGGUCUGAAGGCUAUGGGAGUCAACUUUGGAACUAAUAAGGCCGUUAACUUCAAUGUCUACGCUAACCACGAAGUCCUGUUGGCCGCAGGUUCUGCUAUCUCGCCUCUGAUCCUAGAAUACUCUGGAAUUGGGUUGAAGUCAGUUCUUGAUAAGGCAAAUGUUACACAGCUUCUGGAGCUCCCGGUUGGUCUCAAUAUGCAAGACCAGACUACCACUACCGUUCGGGCACGCAGCACUGCUGCUGGUUUUGGCCAAGGCCAGGCAAUCUACUUUGCGAACUUCACUGAGACCUUUGGUGACUAUGCCCCUCAGGCUAUUGAAUUACUCAAUGCCAAGCUUGAUCAAUGGGCGGAGGAGACUGUUGCGCUUGGCGGUUUCCACAACGUGACUGCUCUCAAGGUCCAGUAUGAAAAUUACCGCAACUGGCUGCUUGAGGAGGAUGUAGCGUAUGCGGAACUCUUUCUCGACACUUCCGGUGCAAUCAACUUUGAUCUGUGGGAUCUCAUUCCCUUCACCCGCGGUUCUACCCAUAUUCUGAGCAGUGACCCUUAUCUCCUGCACUUUGCAAAUGACCCCAAGUUCUACUUGAACGAGCUGGAUCUUCUCGGUCAGGCAGCGGCGUCCAAGCUUGCACGUAAGCUCCAAAACACUGGCGUCAUGGCAAACUACUUUGAUGGUGAAGUUGUCCCGGGGUUCAACCUGCCUAACGACGCCACCCUAGAGCAGUGGGUGGGGUACGUAAAGCAGAACUUCCGUGCAAACUAUCAUGCGAUCGGCACCUGCUCCAUGAUGUCCAGGGAGCUCGGUGGCGUUGUUGACGCUACAGCCAAGGUAUAUGGCACCCAGCGCCUUCGCGUCAUCGACGGCUCUAUUCCUCCUACUCAGAUAUCUGCUCAUGUCAUGACUAUUUUCUACGGUAUGGCCUUGAAAAUUGCCGAUGCCAUUCUCGCUGACUAUGCCGAGCUCUAA